GAGGACAAACAACUCGUCCAAAUUGCGCUUCAAUUUGAGAUCGAAGGAUUACGAAUAACAUGGGACUAUGUUGCACGACAAAUGGAAAAGACGAAGAGAACUUCAAGGGAACUGCGUUUAAGACUUGCCAGCUUGAAACGAACCUACGGUAAAUCGAUACGCAACUUCCCCCGAUGCUUCUUC